UUAUGAUGGUGUACUUGUUAGUUUAAAACAGUAAGCGCAUUUAAUAAUUGCUUUAAUCUAUCCAGACUAUUCGUUCAAAACUCUUUUAAUAUAUGAAAAUUAUACAGCCUAAAAAUGUUACCACAAUUAUAUAAAAUGGCAAACUACACUCAAUGUGCUGAAGAUACUAGCAACUAUUAUUGUUCAGCACAAGCUAAACUAAUUGUGCCAUCUACAAAUUUGGAUACGAUAAACCUUUUAAAGAAACUUAACAUAUUUUCUGAGCAAUACGGCCCUCAAGUAAUUAAAUGGCCAUCAGGUGAGGAAAAAAUGAAAAUUGAGAGAAACUUUAGGCAAAACAAUUUUCCAGGUGUUAUUGGAGUAAUUGAUGGGAGUCACAUUAAAAUAGACAAACCAACAAAUGAUCCAGACUCAUACUUAAAUAGAAAACAUUAUUAUUCUAUUCAGCAGAAAUUCCGUCAGUUGUAUCAUGUAAAAUUAAGAGCUGUACCAGAUAUAAUACAUUUUAUAAGAGCAUGUUAUGUUCUUCAUAAUAUGACAAUCGAAGACCAAUUUGAAUAUGAGGCAGAAAAUAUUGAUGAAAAUAUUUUACCAUUUAAUUUGGACAUUGAUGAGAAUCAUGCAGACAGAAAUGGAAUGGAAAGAAGAAAUGAAAUCAUGAAUUUGUUACCUGUGUAA